UCAACGGCGGGGCAGAGCUUUGCGCGUUCACGCGAAACCUAUAAACGGACGUGGCGCGCGGAGAGCUGUGAGUAGUGUGUGGAGAAAUGAGGAGAGAAUAACGGCGGCAGAGGAUGGCAUCUACAGCGCCAUGGGAGAUAAUCUGAUGACACAUGCAACAGAAAUGCUGCAAAUGCCAUCUGCACAAACUUUUUUCUCUGUGUUCUGAAGACACGGCAGCUCUUCAACUUUGCCCUACGAGGUGAUAUGUGAGAAGGAGAGGCCAACCAUGCAGCUGAAUGAGUCUGGGGUUCAAACGGUGGCACCCGAGCCAUGUCAGCAACAAAUACUACAGGACGACUACAAUGGGAACUGCAGCGAAGGUUCCACCACUAACAUGUCACUGCACUGCUGGCUGCAGCUCCUCACCAAGGAAUCUAUCAUGGAAAUUCAAGGAGACAGCUCCAGCGUAGUGGUACGUGUGAUGAUAGCGUGUGUCUACUCUAUCGUCUGCGCUCUGGGGCUGGUGGGGAAUUCACUGGCUCUGUAUCUGUUGCACUCCCGUUACAGGCAGAAGCAGUCGUCCAUCAACUGCUUUGUGAUGGGGCUGGCUAUCACAGAUCUACAGUUUGUUUUGACCUUGCCUUUCUGGGCAGUGGACACAGCCCUGGACUUCCGCUGGCCGUUUGGUCGUGUGAUGUGCAAACUCAUCAGCUCUGUCACCACCAUGAACAUGUAUGCCAGUGUAUUCUUCCUCACAGCUAUGAGCGUGGCACGUUAUUACUCCAUCUCCUCCGCACUGAAGAUACACAGCCGACGGACAGCAGCUGCCAGAGCCAGGUGGACCAGCCUGUGCAUCUGGGCUGUUUCUUUGCUGGCCACUUUGCCUCAUGCCAUCUACUCCACCAGUGCCCAAGUAUCUGAUGAGGAGCUUUGCCUGGUGCGCUUCCCAGACUCUGGCAGUUGGGAUCCACAGCUCCUUCUGGGUCUAUAUCAGCUUCAAAAGGUCCUAGUAGGUUUCCUUAUUCCUCUAGUUAUAAUCACCGUCUGCUAUCUGCUGCUGCUUCGCUUCAUCCUAAGCCGGCGCAUUGCAGGUGCAGCGGGCCCAGAGGCAAACCAAAGCCGGCAAAAGCGUCAUUCCAAAGUGACUAAAUCCAUUGUCAUCGUAGUUCUCUCCUUCUUUCUCUGCUGGCUUCCUAAUCAGGCACUGACACUGUGGGGUGUGCUCAUAAAGUUUGACCUUGUGCCCUUCAGCAAAGCUUUCUACAAUGCACAGGCCUAUGCUUUCCCUCUGACUGUUUGCUUGGCGCACACCAACAGCUGCCUCAACCCUGUGCUCUACUGCCUGAUCCGCCGGGAGUUUCGGGCAGGCCUCAAGGAACUUCUCCUGCACGCCACGCCAUCUUUCAGGAGCCUGACUCAUCUGCUGCGUCGCAAGGCCAAAGUGGCUGAGGCACCACCUGUUUUGGUGCUGGUCCAAAUGGAUGUCUGACUGGGAUGACUGGGGAACUCGAAACAUUCCACCUGCGGUACUAUUGAUCUGUUUACCAAGAGGGCAUAUGUCUCACCUACUCUGUCGAUGCUGAAAAUCGCAUUUCUUUAAAAAAACAAACAAAAAAAAUGCAGAAUUAUAAUGUACUGCACGGUAGGAUGUGCCUCACUUCUACUGUGUUUCUCAAGAUUUUCUCUGCAUCACAUAUUUCUGUUGUUACAGUUGUUCACUGUUUCAGUCUCCCCGCUUCUGUCGAGCAAUACUGCUCUCGUGUCAUGGACAUGUAUAGCUGUUAAUCCAAAGUGAGAUUCAAAUAGUUGCAGCACUCAGGCGUAAUUUUUUUUUAAUGCAUACUGGUAAAUUACUGUGUUUGUGUUUGUUUACUGGUACAAGUGUGUAAUUCUUUCAUCAGUAUAAUCAAUGGAACAAAUGGAAUCAAAAUAAUUAAUUUUAAAAAAGCAGGACAGUGAUGCUUAGAAGUGUUUGCUUUAUUUAAAAUAUCAUAAAAGAAAAGAGCAAUUUAAUCGCCUGUUGUUGUAUCUGUGGAAAAACGAAAGAAAUGAGCGGGGGGGGGGGGGGGGAGAAUUUGUACAUUUUAUUUUUGUAGAUGUAUGGAGUAAAAUAGUAGUGCUUGUUGCAUUGUCCUGGAGAAAUGACUCAUCUCUUGUGAAAAAAUAAAAGGCAAAUAAAAUGUACAAGAGCUAAAAUCAAUUUCCUGAGCUUUUCGGGGUAAGGCAGCAUGGCAUCAAAGACUUCAGCGUAAUGAGUGCAUAGUUAGUAAACGUCUCCCUUGUGGAAAGCUUUGAGGAUUAGGACUUGAAGUGAUCCAUGUAAGAUUUUAUACCCCUGUGCAGCAAAUAGUAUAUGAUUCAUAUUUGAACUGAGCACGUAUACUGUGUUGUAUGCACACAAGAUGAAAAAUUUACGAUCAUUAUUUCUCUCUGUCUCACUCUCGCUGACCUUAGACAGCCAUGCAAAUAUACUCAGAUGCGUUCUUUUUCUUACUUUAUAUGUGUCAGUCUGAAAAUUAUGAUGAAUUAUGUCGAAUUUCCUCUAAACAUCUGCAUUAUAUGUCAGACAUUUACUUUAAACCAAAGCAUUUUUUCAUUUAAAAAAAAGGCAUCUCAUGGUUGGACAGACCACCAGUGCCACAAACAGCCUUUUUAUCUCUGGUAAAUUGAACAGAUACAUAUGUUGACUGGAGCUUCUGUGGUCAUAGCAUCAGCUUUCAUACAAGACAGCUGCUAAUUUGAUGUUUUUUCAUUUAAAUCAUAAUG